UCUAUGCCAAUACGAGAUGCCGUCAGGGAAUGCUUGGAGAAAGACCCAUCUGAGAGAAAUGAUGAUGACAUUGAGAUAUUAUUGGAAUUUAUGCAGCAUUUUCCUGCAUUUGCCAACAUGACCCUGGCCACCAGGCGAAGCCUGUGUUCUGUCAUGGUGUUUGCUGUCGUGGAGAAAGCGGGCACGAUCGUGAUGCAUGACGCGGAGGAGCUGGACUCCUGGUCGGUUAUCAUCAAUGGUCAAGUGGAGAUCACGCUGCCGGACGACACGGUGGAACAGCUACAGAUGGGAGACAGUUUUGGUAUCACACCUACAAUGGAGAAGCUGUACCAUAAAGGCGUCAUGCGCACCACACAAGAUGACUGCCAGUUUGUUUGUAUAGCACAGUCAGAUUACUAUAGAAUACUGCAUCAGGGUGAAGAGAAUACACACAAGUUUGAAGAGAAGGGGCAGGUGGUGAUGGUCACUGAAGAUAGAGUCUUAGACGCUGGCAACAGGAAAGGGUCCAUUGUCAUAAGGGGCACACCAGAGAGGCUGAUGACCCACCUGGUAGAGGAACACUCUGUGGUGGACCCCACCUAUGUGGAGGACUUCUUGCUGACGUACAGGACCUUCAUUGAGAGCCCCCUGGAGGUAGCCAACAGGCUGCUCAUGUGGUUUGGAGACGCCGAGCUCAGGGAUAGGGUGACCAGAGUUGUGUUACUAUGGGUCAACAACCACUUCAACGACUUUGAAUCUAAUCCUGCCAUGAGUGAAUUCUUAGAGAAAUUUGAGAUUAUGUUAGAAAGAGAGCGAAUGAUAGGGCAGUUACGACUUCUGAACAUUGCAUGUUCAGCUAAAGCACGGGCACGCACAAUAACCCUAACCAGGUCAACAAAAGAUGAAAUCUUACAUUUUUCUGUCCUGGGAGGGCUUGAGAGGCAUUGUGGGAUAUUUAUUUCCAAGGUUGAGAAGGGAACGAAAGCACACGAGGCUGGACUGAGGCGUGGGGACCAGAUCCUGGAGGUAAAUGGACACAAUUUUGAGUUCAUCACGCAUAAUAGAGCGCUGGAGAUCCUACGUGGAACCACGCAUCUUUCCAUAUCUGUGAAAUCAAAUGUGAUUGCCUUCAAAGAGAUGUUAUACAGCAGCUCCCCCGGGCGACCAGCCAAGAAACAACAAAUUGCCCAGUUACAGCCAGACUUCACCCAGAAGCGGCAAGGUUCUGUACCUGAGCUGGACCUAGGGGUUCCCCCCGUGAUCUCACCGGUCAAACCCAAGAAGGGAGACAAGAAAGAAAAACCCUACGGCACAGUGGGGAAAAAUGCAAAGCUACGAAAGGCUUUGAACAAAAUUAAUUUAUUGCCAAAGCAAAACAGUGAUAGCAAACUUCAGCACAACCACUCUGACAAUGAUCUGACCUGUCCUCAGCGCAGUCGCCAGUCUUCCACUUCAUCAGCGUCGUCCAACACGUCUGCGCAACAACAGCAAAUGAGCAACAGCAGCCCUGAUAUCUCCGCCACCAUACUGGGGAGUUUUGCUGUCAUGGAUGACACGCGCAAUGACUUUCCAGAACACGUGCUGAAAGUGUAUCGGUCUGAUCAGAGUUGUAAAUAUUUCCUUGUACAUAGAGAAACUACUGCCAGAGAGGUGGUGAUGUUAGCUCUCAGAGAAUUUGGAAUUACUGACCCUAGCAGUUCCACCUUGCUCUACUGUAGUAACUACUCGCUGUGUGAGGUCACUGUGGAGAAUGAAGGGUUUAUCAAACAGAAGAGACUACCAGAGCAGCUCACCAAUCUUCCAGAAAGGAUCAAUUUAAAUGGAAGGUACUACUUAAAGAACAACAUGAGCACAGAGACAUUAGUUCCAGACGAGCUGGCCAGUGAGCUGAUGAAAGAGGGCCAGAUAAGCUUCCUCCAGUUGAAGAGUAUAGAGAUCGCCACCCAGCUCACCCUGGAAGACUUCCAUAUAUUUGCUAACAUCGAAGCCACGGAGUAUAUAGAUGAUCUUUUUGAUCUUCCAUCUAAAUAUGGCACGCCUAAUAUAUUGCAGUUUCAGGAGCUGGUGAACAGGGAAAUGUUCUGGGUGACCACAGAAGUCGUCCGGGAAACCAACAUCAUUAAGAGGAUGAAAAUAAUCAAACAUUUUAUCAAAAUAGCAAGGCAUUGUAAAGAAUGUAAAAACUUUAACUCAAUGUUUGCCAUACUAAGUGGACUGGGUCAUGGGUCAGUGCAGAGACUACGGACAACAUGGGACAAACUGCCCAAUAAAUAUGUCAAAAUAUACGAGGACCUACAAACAAUAAUGGAUCCCUCAAGAAACAUGGCCAAGUACAGGAAUCUCAUCAACUCUGAGCUGGUGCAGCCUCCUUUGAUCCCAUUAUUCCCCAUUGUAAAGAAGGACCUGACCUUCAUUCACCUGGGCAAUGACUCCAAGGUGGACGGCCUGGUGAACUUUGAGAAACUAAGAAUGAUCGCAAAGGAAGUGAGGCACUUGUGUCUUAUGGCAUCUGCACCAUAUGACCCCAAUGCCAUGUUUUUACCAGGAAGCAGUUCCGCCAGCAUUUUCGCCAACAAUGCUUCGGGAACAAAUACCAUCAAGAAGAAAACCAGGCGAAACUCAACACUUCCAAACCCUAAGAAGAUGUAUGAAGAGUACCAAAUGGUACGCAGAGUGAAAAACUACCUCCACAGCAUGAAGAUUGUUGCAGAUGAAGAUGAAUUAGAUGGGCUAUCACUACAAUGUGAGCCACAACUGCCUCGUAAGAGGGACCAGUCCCCGCCUCCCCCCGCCCCCGUCAACAACGCCCAGUUACUUAACGCUAACCUGGGACCCAAGUUUGGUGCUAAAUCCCCAGACGCUGUCCGCAAACUGCUUUCUCUCUCAGAAGACAAAGUGCGCCCACAUAACCCGAAACAUCCAACGUUAAAAUUAAAUAGUCCCGGUAACCAGAGGCGUUUGCCCCUCUCCCCACAACCUGGCAGACUUAAACACACACAUCUGUCUCCAGAGAGCUCUUCAGUGGUCAGCCUUAGUAGUAUAGCAAUGAGAAAAUCACAUACCUCAGGUUCUAUUGGAUCAGCAGAUUCUUCCAGCCCUCCAACCAAUCACCAUCAUUUAUAUGAGACAGACUCUGGACACAACAGCAUAGCGUCUUCCAACUUUGACAGCCACAGUACCAGUUCUGUAGGCUCUGCACAUUCCCCGCCUUCACAGAGGCAUCUGUCCAAUCAGCACA